AUGCGCCGACCAGCCAUGACCUUCAUUCCAGGCGCGCUAACCAUUGCUCCUCCUCCUUGCAGCAGCGGAAACAGUGCUACAAACAACACACAGCAGGCCCAACCGACCUCGACCGGCUUGUUCGGUGCCGCUCCAGCUUCUUCGCAACCACAGCAAUCUACCAGCCUCUUUGGCUCUUCGACCACAACACCACAACCACAACAGUCGGGAGGUCUCUUUGGGGCCGCACCUGCUGCUCAACCCGCCAAACCCACUCUGAGUCUCUUCGGCAAUAACUCAGCCGCUACCUCGAAUACUCAACCGCAGCAACAACAGUCGGGAGGCCUUUUGGGAACAACGCAGCCACCACCACCCAGCCGCAACAGCAACAAUCUUCAGGCCUCUUUGGAAACGCACCCGCCAACAACAACACAUCAAACUCCGGAGGCAUGUUUGGAAGUUCUGCAGCACAGCCCGCCCAGAACAAGUCCAGUCUGUUCGGUGCUCCCAACCCGGCCCCAAGUCUCUUGUGCUGGAGGCAGCACCGCGACCAACAACUUUGGCUCAUCUCUCCUGAACCCUAUCGGCAACUCAAAUGGCAGACCUAUGGCAGGUAGCCUCACCAUGGGCCAAGGCAACACCCAGACAACCACACAACCCGGUGUCAAGAUUGACAUGUCAAACCUGCGCCCAACCACCCGCUUCAGCGAUCUGCACGAUGACCUCAAGAAACAAAUAGAACAAAUCGACGCCUUCAUUAGACAACAAGAAUCUUUCGCUACUCAAUGCGAAAGCAUGAUCGGCCGUCAUGCCACCGAUGUUGAGAGCAUCAAGCCCGACGUCGACCUGAUUCAGAACAAGAUUGAGACUGUCGAACUUGCUCUCGAAAACGACGGCGCUGCAAUCAACAAUGCAAAGGAGCUCGUUCAAAGAGACGCUGGCGACCUUAUCAGGGUUGCCCGCAUGGCCGAGAACCUGCAACUCCCUCAGCAAUACCACUACGGAAGAAGCAGCAGACCUUCAACCACCGACGACGAAUACGACAUCGAUCUUGUUGGCUACUUUAGCAAGCAAGCCGAAGUCAUGCAAAAGACACUCGACACCUACACGUCACACCUCGCAGAAAUCGAAGCACACCUUCGCGUCGUCGAGGGAAGCACAGUCCAGCAAGCACAUCAACUCGCCGCCCAAAGAGCAGGCGGUCGCGCCGGAAACAGUGCAGACAACGUCCGAGAGUUGGCAGAAACUCUUCGCGGCUUCGAGAGUGGUAUCUUAGGUGCCGCAGGUCUGGUCGGUUCCUGCCGGGAGGGUGUGAAUGAACUGAUUCUUGGCAAGAUCAGCGGUGACCCUCGAGAGAGUGUCGGCUACGGCGGCAGAAGAUCUGUUAGAUUCUAA